AUGGCGCAGCCACAACCACAAUUGAGCCACAAAGAUGGCGCUCUUUUCAGACAAGUUGUCCGCAACUUUGAAAACAAACAGUAUAAAAGAGGUCUCAAGGCAGCCGAACAAAUUCUUCGGAAAACUCCUAAUCAUGCCGAUACUCAAGCUAUGAAAGCCCUGAUAUUGGGCCACCAAGGUCAUACGGACGAAGCCUUUGCUCUAGCCAAAACGGCCCUCAACAAUAAUAUGAAGUCGCAUGUAUGCUGGCACGUGUACGGUUUGCUGUAUCGUCUCGACAAGAACUACGAGGAGGCCAUAAAAGCAUACAAGUUUGCAUUGAGACUAGAGCCUGAUUCGGCACCCAUUCAGAGAGACUUGGCCCAUCUCCAGAUACAAAUGCGAGACUAUGACGGUUACAUCCAGAGUCGAAGAAUUAUGCUCCAGCAGAAACCAGGUUUUCGGCAAAACUGGACUGCCCUGGCCAUCGCACACCAUCUCGCUGGAAACUAUGAUGAUGCGGAGAAUGUUCUCACUACCUAUGAAGAAACGCUUAAGACGAAACCCAACCGGUUGGACAUGGAGCACUGGGAAGCCGUUCUCUACAAGAAUUAUGUCAUUGCAGAGUCCGGCGAGGUGGAAAAAGCAUUGGACCAUCUAGAAGCGGUCGGAAAGAAGAGUCCUGACAUUCUUGGGGUAAUGGAAAUGAGGGCAGACUAUCUGGCUCGACUGGAUCGCAAGUCCGAGGCCGAAGCUGCUUAUGCCGCUUUGCUGGAGCGCAAUCCAGACCAUUCGGCAUAUUACGACGGAUACAUUGCUGCAAAGGGGUUGAAAGAUGGCCCCAUGUCCGAAAUCAAACGGGCAUAUCAAGAACUUGCCGAAAAAUAUCCAAAAGCAGACCUUCCGAGACGGAGACCGUUGGACGUUCUUGCUGGGGACGAGUUCAAACAAGCGGCCGACUCCUACUUGCAGAAAAUGUUCCGAAAAGGUGUUCCUUCAACAUUUGCGAAUAUCAAGCAUUUGUACGCCGACACGUCAAAACGCGACAUUGUUCAAGACUUAGUCGAAGGGUAUUCUUCUGGAAACCUUGGAGCACAAACUAACGGUGCCACCGAAAACGGUGACGGCAAAGAAGAAUCACGAUUCAAAUCCUCAGUUCUCUAUUUCCUGGCACAACAUUAUAACUACAAACUCAGUCGCGAUCUUGACAAGGCUCGGGAAUACGCCGACCGGUGUAUAGAACUAGAUCCCAAGUCAGUUGACUUUCACGGUGUUAAAGCCAGGUAUUACAAGCAUAAGGGUGACCUGAUCAAGGCGGCCGAGGUGAUGGAUCAAGCCCGGGCUUUGGAUGAGAAGGAUCGGGCCAUUAACACCAAAUGCGCCAAAUAUCAGCUACGAUCUGACCAGAAUGACAAAGCCCUCGAAACCGCCAGCAAAUUUACGCAAAAUAAGACCGGCGGUCCUCUGGGAGAUCUUGUCGAUAUGCAAUGUGUCUGGUAUCUGACCGAAGAUGGACAGUCAUAUCUCCGUCAAAGGAAACUCGGCCUCGCGCUCAAACGCUUCCACCAGAUCCUGGCCAUCUUCGAUGUCUGGCAAGACGAUCAGUUCGACUUCCACAAUUUCUCUUUGCGGAAAGGUAUGAUAAGAGCGUACGUCGACAUGUUGCGUUGGGAGGACCGCCUCCGUGAACAUCCCUUCUUCUCCACGAUGGCAAUCUCGGCAGUCAAAGCUUACGUUCUUCUCUCUGACAAUCCUGAUCUCGUCCACGGCCCCAUCAUGGACAACGUCAACGGGACGGGUAAAUCUAGUGAAAUGAGCGCCGCGGAUCGCAAGAAGGCUUUGAAAAAGGCGAAACGAGAACAAGAGAAGAUGGAAAAGGCCGAGGCGGAGAAGAAAGCGGCCAUGAAAGCGGCCAAACCGAUGCCGAAGAGUGAGGAUUCAGAUACAAAGAAGGAAGAUCCCGAUCCGUUUGGUAAGGCGCUCCUCGAGACGAAAGAGCCACUGAAGGAUGCCAUGAAGUUCCUCACUCCUUUGCUCGAAUGGUGUUCGCAGAUUGUCGAGGCCCAAUGCGUUGGCUUCGAAUUGUACAUGCGUCGGAAGAAAUACCUCCUUGCCACCAAGUGUUUGCUCGCUGUGAACGCCCAGGAUCCCACGAACACACAGCUGCUGGAGUACAGGAAACAAUUGAAACACGUCCUUAUCAACAAGCCGGCCGAGCUAUCAGACAAAGUCGCAGAGAUCAUCAAGAGCGAGGCUGGAUCGUUGGUUCAGUGA